AAAAGAUUGUGCGUACAAGCUUGGAAUGCAUUCACUCUUACAACACAAUUUUAUCUUCCUACAAAGCUGCGAAUCAUUUACGACUUUUUGUUCUUUAAAGUUGAAAUUCAACUCACUUUUCUUUCUUUAUAGUUAUGGGUUUUCUCACCCCAUAUUCCUUCUUUUCUUUCUCUACUCCCACUCUUUUCAUUUCAAUUUCAAUUCAACCAUCUACUAGUAUUUUCUUUCUCUUUCUCUUACAAUUACAAAACCCAACUCAAUAACAACAACACAAACAACCUUAUAUAUUCUCAUGGGUUAUCUUUUUUGCAAUGCAGAGUCUGCAAUUGCAACCUGCGAUCCACACUAUUGGGAUCUCAAAAAAAGAAGCAAAACAUUAACAACAAAUCGUACACACAUUAUCAAAGAGUUUCUUUACACCGACCUCGUCACCGCCACGGAUAGUUUCUCUGCCGAAAGCUACCUCGGCAAAGGUAGCCACGGCAGAGUUUACAAAGCAAAGUUAAACGGCGACAAGGAUAACAUAGUUGUCGCCGUUAAAACUACAAAGCUAACUACAAAAAGCAAACAUAGUCACAUCAACGGCAACAACAAAAAUUGCACUGGUUGUGGUAAUUGUACAAGUCCAGCAGAAAACGAGAUCGAGAUUCUUUCACAAGUUCCAAAUCCUCGUCUCGUAAAUCUCAUAGGAUACUGCACCGACCCAAACGGCAAUAAAUUAAUUGUCGUUGAAUACAUGCCAAACGGUUCACUUCAUGAUUUAUUACACUCUUCAUCUAAACCACCCGGUUGGACCAGACGUUUCCGGUUCGCAUUACAAGUUGCAAAAGCGGUUCGAACCUUACACGGUUCAAAUCCUCCGGUUAUUCACCGUGAUAUUAAAUCCUCCAACGUUUUGAUCGAUCAAGAUUUCAAAGCGAGACUCGGUGAUUUCGGUUUAGCGCUAAGAGGACACGUGGAAGACGUUCGUGUAAAGUGCACACCACCGGCGGGUACGUUAGGGUAUCUUGAUCCAUGCUAUCUUGCACCGGAGGAUCUUAGCGCGAAGAGUGAUGUGUUCAGUUUUGGGAUCUUGUUAUUGGAGAUUAUCAGUGGAAGAAAUGCGAUUGAUGUUAAUUAUAGUCCUCCUUCAGUGGUGGAUUGGGCGGUGCCGUUGAUUAGAAAAGGUGAUUUCGUCGGGAUCUGUGAUCGGAGAAUUGGUGCACCUUCGGAUUUGGUUAUGUUGCGGCAGAUUGCCGUGAUUGCGGCGAGAUGUGUUAGAUCAACGGCGGAGAAACGGCCGGGGAUGGUGGAGGUUGUUGAGUGUUUGAAAUUGGCUAGGAAGAGGUUUCAUUCGUCGCCGAUUUGGUGUAGUUGGAGACGGCGCGUGACGCGUGUGGAGAACGCGCAACCGUUGAUGAGAUGUGAAGACUAUGAUAAUGAUAAUGAUUAUGAUUAUCGUAAUAAUAAUUAUUAUGAUUGGGAUGAUGAUGAAGAUGAUAAUAAAAGUGAGAAUGUUGUGAAGAUUGUUAAGAGUGGGAGCAGUAGAAGGAAGAGUAAAGUAUCAAGUGUGGCGAGCGUAGAGUAUGAGAGUAAACCGUUGAAGAAAGGAGCGAGAUCUAAGCCGUCGAAGAAAGUAACGAGAUCUAAAACCGUUGGAUCAUCUUCUGGGUUUGUUAGUAGUUGCAGUAGAAUGAGUGGGAUUCAAAUGGUUACAGAGAAAACGGGUGUAAUGAAGUUGAAAAAGUCAAAGUCAAUGGGAGUCUUGCAAAGUCCUAAUUUGGGUGAGGAUGAGACAAUGAUAGCAAUGUGGAAGUUGGUGAUUAGAGAUAAUAAGAAAUUGGAAAAGAAGAUGUUAGAAAAACCUUUGGUUAAUAAGCAUGGUUGGGAAUCAGAAUAACCCAUUAAUCAGAGAUAAUUGGAUGAUUUCUGUGUUAAACAGUUGAGAGUAGUCAACCCCUGCAAAAUAGAGAGCUAGAUUUUUGGGGGGUUUUGUUUUUCUGGCAUUAUCUCAUUCUUUACACUGUCAAUCACAAUCUCCUAAAAAUGGAAGAAGCAUUUUUUGUUGUUUAUUAAUAAAAUGUAUUUUACGAAUUUUGAAUGAAAAGCGACAAAAGAUAAAUUAUCA